GAUGCUGAGCAGAAAAAAUAAAUGAGAGGCCCAAAAAUCGCUAGCCUCACAUUCUCUCUCAAACCCCUCCUUGUAGCAGGAGAGGAGGACACGCCCCUCUCCUCUGCCUUACCUUAUCCUAUCCCCAUCUCCUUUCUUUCUCUCUCUUUCUCUAUAUCCUCCCACUCCCCACACACUCCACCCCUCCAUUCACUUCCUUUAAUACGCUUGAUACUUCUGCAAGAUACUUCUUUACAUAUCUUCUUAAUUCUGUUUCCUCUCUUUCUUCCUCAUUUAAAUGCACAUUGCGGAGAGGAUUUGAGUUUGCUGUGUGUUUUUCGAUAAGUUCGAUUGAGUUCAUUCAUUGGUAUUGCCGUCGAGCAAUCUGGUAAGGUAAGUAUCCGUUUUGGGAGGAGUUAAUCGGGCCGUUUUGAUGCAAAAUGGCUCCCAAGACUGGGAAGACGAAGCCUCACAAAACCAAAGGAGAGAAGAAGAAAAAGGAAGAGAAAGUUCUACCCACUGUCAUUGAAAUAACCGUGGAAACGCCCGACGACUCACAAGUAACACUCAAGGGAAUAUCGACGGACAGGAUCCUGGAUGUGAGAAAGCUUUUAGCUGUCCAUGUCGAGACAUGUCACUUGAUCAACUACUCGUUAUCUCAUGAGGUGAGAGGAGGCGGACUCAAAGACUCAGUGGACAUACCUUCUCUGAAACCUUGCCACCUCACCAUCGUCCAAGAGGACUACACGGAGGACCUCGCCGUUGCACACGUCCGACGACUGCUCGACAUCGUCGCCUGCACUAGCUCCUUCGGUUCCCCAUCUUCUUCCCCUAAAAAGCCCGGUUCAAAAGAACCCGCUUCCAGCCAAGCGGAAGGCCAACCCUCUGACAAUGGGGUCGAACCCACUUCCAAGCCCAGGCCAGGUGACAAGAAGCUCGGCGGAGCCCAGGGAGGCGCCCAUGCCCACGGUGGUGUCAAGGCUAGCAAAGAGGCCAAACCGGAGGAGUCAGAGAAAGGGGACAUCGCGGUCUCCAUGUGCCCCCCGCCCAGGCUCGGACAGUUCUAUGAUUUCUUCUCCUUUUCGCACCUCACACCUCCGAUUCAAUACAUUAGGAGAUCCACUCGGCCUUUCCUUGAGGAUAAAACAGAAGAUGACUUGUUUCAAAUUGAUGUUCGGGUUUGCAGUGGGAAACCAAUGACAAUAGUUGCUUCCCGAAAAGGUUUCUACCCUGCUGGAAAACGUCUUCUUCUGAGUCACUCUUUGGUUAGUCUGUUGCAGCAGAUAAGUCGGGUGUUUGAUUCUGCAUACAAAGCUCUUAUGAAAGCUUUUACAGAGCACAAUAAGUUUGGAAACCUUCCUUAUGGUUUUCGUGCAAACACAUGGGUUGUGCCACCAGUUAUUGCUGAUAAUCCAUCUCAUUUUCCCCCACUACCCAUUGAAGAUGAAAAUUGGGGUGGAAAUGGUGGUGGACAAGGAAGAGAUGGUAAACAUGAUCACAGGCAAUGGGCUAAAGAGUUCUCAAUUCUAGCAGCAAUGCCCUGUAAAACAGCAGAAGAAAGGCAAAUUCGAGAUCGAAAAGCCUUUCUGCUUCAUAGUCUAUUUGUCGACGUUUCAGUUUUUAAAGCUGUUGCAGCAAUCAAGCAUCUUAUGGAGAGCAAUAAAUGCUCCCCAAAUGGUCCCAAUGGUACAGUUUUCCAUGAGGAAAGGAUUGGAGAUUUAAUUAUUAGGGUAACAAGAGAUGUGCCUGAUGCAAGCUUGAAGUUGGAUGGUAAAAAUGAUGGGGGUCAGGUUCUUGGGAUGUCAAAAGAGGAGCUUUCUCAGAGAAAUUUACUUAAAGGAAUAACUGCUGAUGAAAGUGCAACUGUUCAUGAUACUUCCACUUUAGGUGUUGUUAUUGUGAGACACUGUGGCUACACUGCUGUUGUGAAAGUUCCAGCUAAGGUCAAUUGGGAGGGGAAUCCUAUUCCCCAGGACAUUGACAUUGAGGAUCAGCCUGAAGGAGGUGCCAAUGCCUUGAAUGUCAAUAGCUUGAGAAUGCUAUUGCACAAGUCAUCCACACCUCAAGCAUCAGUUCAACGGUUACAAAGUGGAGAUUUUGAAGAUUCACAUUCUGCUAGGUGUUUGGUACGGAAUGUUCUCGAGGAAAGCCUAAUGAAAUUGCAGGGAGAAGCAACUAAACAUGCAAGAUCAAUCAGAUGGGAGCUAGGAGCCUGUUGGGUGCAACACUUACAAAACCAGGCUUCAGGGAAAACCGAGUCUAAGAAAACUGAAGAAACCAAGGUUGAGCCAGCUGUAAAGGGUCUAGGAAAGCAAGGUGGACUGCUUAAGGAAAUUAAGAAGAAAAUAGACGACAGGAGCGGCAAAGCUGAGCAGGGCAAGGAUGCUACUUUGACUAACAGCCUUGACAUGAACAAGAAAUUAGAUGCUAGUCACUUAGAGAAACAAGAUGAGGAAAAAGAAAUGAUGUGGAGAAAGCUUCUUCCUGAAGCAGCAUAUUUGCGCCUUAAGGAAUCUGAAACUGGACUUCACCUUAAGUCACCUGAAGAGUUGAUUGAGAUGGCACACAAAUACUAUGCUGAUACUGCACUUCCAAAACUGGUGGCAGAUUUUGGCUCCCUUGAACUUUCACCUGUCGAUGGAAGGACUUUGACAGAUUUUAUGCACACCAGGGGUUUGCAAAUGUGUUCGUUGGGUCGUGUGGUUGAGCUUGCAGACAAACUGCCUCAUGUGCAAUCACUCUGUAUACAUGAGAUGGUAGUGCGAGCCUACAAACACAUAUUGCAAGCUGUUGUAGCAGCAGUUGAUAACAUUGCUGACUUGGCAGGGUCAAUAGCAUCAUGCUUAAAUAUAUUGCUAGGAACACCAUCAACUGAAAAUUCUGAUGCCAACAUUAGUGAUGAUGAUAACUUGAAAUGGAAGUGGGUGGAAACUUUCCUUUUGAAGAGGUUUGGUUGGCAAUGGAAGUAUGAAAAUUGCCAGGAUCUUAGAAAAUUUUCCAUUCUUCGUGGGCUCUGCCACAAGGUUGGACUUGAGCUUGUUCCUAGGGACUAUGAUAUGGAUAUUGCAUCUCCUUUUAGGAAGUCAGAUAUUAUAAGCAUGGUCCCUGUCUAUAAGCAUGUUGCAUGUUCAUCUGCGGAUGGUCGUACACUGUUGGAAUCAUCGAAGACUUCUUUGGAUAAAGGGAAAUUGGAAGAUGCUGUUAACUAUGGCACUAAGGCACUCUCAAAACUUGUGGCAGUCUGUGGUCCUUAUCAUCGAAUGACAGCUGGAGCAUAUAGUCUUUUGGCUGUAGUGCUCUACCAUACUGGGGAUUUUAAUCAGGCAACCAUCUAUCAGCAAAAAGCUUUGGAUAUCAAUGAGAGAGAGCUUGGACUUGAUCAUCCUGAUACAAUGAAAAGUUAUGGGGAUCUUGCUGUUUUCUAUUAUCGGCUUCAGCAUACAGAGUUAGCAUUGAAGUAUGUCAAUCGUGCAUUAUAUCUUUUGCAUCUUACAUGCGGGCCUUCACAUCCAAACACUGCUGCCACAUAUAUUAAUGUAGCAAUGAUGGAAGAAGGUUUGGGGAAUGUCCAUGUUGCACUGCGAUACCUCCAUGAGGCUCUCAAGUGCAACCAAAGACUACUUGGAGCUGAUCACAUACAGACUGCUGCCAGCUAUCAUGCUAUAGCAAUUGCACUGUCUUUGAUGGAAGCAUACUCCUUAAGUGUUCAGCAUGAACAAACAACUCUACAGAUACUGCAGGCCAAGCUUGGACCAGAUGAUUUGCGUACACAGGAUGCGGCAGCAUGGCUUGAGUACUUCGAGUCCAAGGCUCUGGAGCAGCAAGAAGCUGCCCGCAAUGGCACUCCAAAGCCAGAUGCCUCUAUCUCCAGCAAAGGUCAUCUAAGUGUAUCGGACCUUUUGGAUUAUAUAACCCCAGAUGCAGAGAUGAAAGCAAGAGAUGCCCAAAAGAAGCAAGCUCGUGCAAAGAUUAAAGGAAAACUGGGCCAAAACUGGGAAGGUAUGGAUGAAGAUCAGAAGGACGAGAUUUUAUCACAAAGUUACCCUAUUACAGAGAAUUCUAGUGAUAAAGAAAACAAGUCUGAAGCUCCAUUUGCAGAAACAAGGGAUGAGAAACCUGAAUUUAGUCUAGCAGAAACAGCAGUAAUAAACCAAAGUGAUGACCUGGCGCAAGAUGACACCUCUGAUGAAGGAUGGCAAGAAGCUGUUCCGAAAGGUCGAUCACCGGCAGGUCGCAAGGCUUCUGGUUCAAGGAGGCCAAGCCUAGCAAAAUUGAAUACUAACUCUAUGAAUGCGUCCCAGUCACCAAGAUACCGUGGAAAACCCACAGGUUUUGCAUCCCCAAGAACAAGUCCUAAUGAGUCCUCUACCCCCACUGGAUCUGUUCUUCCUGUUCCUAAGAAAUUUGUGAAGAGUUCAAGCUUCAGCCCGAAACAAAACACUCCUACAACCUCGGGUACUGGGCCAGAGAAAUUAUCUAAUCCAAAGUCAGCCCCGGCUAGCCCAGCGGCAAGUGAUCAAGUUUCAAAACCUGCCCCCUUGGCAAGUCCAAUCAGUGUUCAGGCAGCUGGAAAACUUUUCUCCUACAAAGAAGUUGCUUUGGCUCCACCUGGGACAAUUGUGAAGGUUGUGAAAGAACAGUUGCCAAAGGAAAAUGUUUCUGCUGAACAAAAUCCUCGGAUGGGAAAGGAGGCAAAGGAGACACCUGUGAUGGAAACAGCUCAAGGUAAGGAGGAGAAAACUGCAAAAGAUGUGGAGGGAGAAAAAGUUAAGAAACAUGUAGGAGAGAAAAAGCUUCUGGUUUCUAAACAGGAAAUGAAAGGAGUUGCCAAUGAAGAAAAACAAGUGGCCCAUUCCGUUUUGACGGCAUCACCAGAGCAAGUGGAGAGUGAUGCCACUGAAGAAAAAAAGCUGGAGGCUAAAAAAGUAGAAGUAAAAGGAGUCUCUGUUGCCAAAGCAGAAGCUGGAAAUGUUGCAGUUACUGGAUUAAAGAAUUCUGAUUCUUCCAAUGAUUUAAACACAACUGAUUCCAAGAGUGACAUAUUGCAAAAAGGAUUAUUGGAUAAUUCCCAUGUGGCUUCCCCUGAUUCAGAACCACAAUCUGUUUUAACUGACAAUACAACUCUGUUGCUGGAAAAUGAUGCCUCCCUCCCGAAGGAAAAAGUGGCAGGGGGAGAUGACAAUUCACAUGAUCUACCUAAUGAUGAUGGGAGUUCCAGGCCUUCGUCAACUGAAGGAGAAAAACAAGAGGAAGCAGAUACCGGAAAAGAAACUAAGAAACUUUCUGCAGCUGCUCCUCCAUUCAAUCCAUCAACUAUUCCAGUUUUUGGUUCAGUUUCAGUUCCUGGUUUUAAAGAGCAUGGAGGAAUUUUACCCCCACCAGUAAAUAUCCCACCAAUGCUUACGGUUAAUCCUGUUCGAAGAUCACCCCAUCAGUCUGCAACAGCAAGGGUUCCCUAUGGUCCACGACUGUCAGGUGGUUAUAACAGAUCUGGAAAUCGGGUUCCACGUAACAAAACUGGUUACCACAAUCCUGAACAUAAUGGAGAUGCGAGUCCCUUCACCUCCCCAAGGGUAAUGAACCCACAUGCAGCCGAAUUUGUACCUGGCCAACCUUGGGUUCCCAAUGGCUAUCCAAUGUCUCCAAAUGGUUAUUUGGCUUCCCCAAAUGGUAUCCCACUGUCUCCUAAUGGUUUUCCCAUCUCCCCAAAUGGUAUCCCACUGUCUCCAAAUGGUUUUCCACCAUCCCCGAACGGUGUUCCGGUGAUUCAAAAUGAGUUUCCAGCAUCUCCAGUCAGUUCAGUUGAUUCUCCUACAGUUGAUACUGUUGAAACUGGCGCUGAAAGUAAAAGUGAAGUUUCAGAAGAGGGGGACGCCCAGAAGGCCUCAACAGAAGUGGGAGACAUGACAAAUCAGCCAAGGGAACACAGUGUACAAGAGGAAGAUCAGUCUGGGGACAAUGAACAAAUUGGGCAAGAAAUUGAAGAAAAGCCUGUAGAGACAGUUGCAGCAUCUGAUAAUGUUGAUGCUGCAAAAGAAAAUUGUGACAACAGAGAGGUGGUGAAGGAAAAGCCAAGCAAGUGUUGGGGAGACUACAGUGAUAGCGAAGCUGAAAUUGUUGAGGUUACAAGCUGAAAGGAAAUCAUAAAUGUUGUUUUUCGGGAGAAGUGACUCUAUUCACAGCAAAGAGGUUGUGUAGCCUUGAGAGUGAGGAAGAAACCACCACCAAUGCCUUGGGACCAGUAGGCUGGUUGAAGACACUGAAGAGUAGUGAAAGUUACGGUUUCUCGUGAAUUCUGUGGUAAAGAUUCUACAGUAAACACCGGCAAUGUGAUACGGUUGAUUUUGUAGCAGCAAAGGGAACCACAAAUAUUUUUAUUUGAAGCCUUAAAGUUAAUAAGACUGGUAUGUCAAAAAGAAAUCUACCAUCAAAGUGGGAGGAUCCAUCCGAGUAGUUUCCAAGUUACUUGAGUCUCUUUCCUUUCUUUUUCUGCAUUAAUUUUGUUUUUUAUGGAAUGCAAACUAAACAUAGCCUUGGAGGAUUUGUACCUUGGGUUGUACUUUUCGGGGAUAAAUGACUGCAAGGAAGGUCUGGUACAGACACUAAAGUUUCAAUUUUCUUGCCAUGUGCGUCACUCUGUAACAUAUAAUUUCCUUGAAUGAACCAGUUUUCCAUGUAGUGAA